UUCGUAUUUUACUUCAGUUGUUUAUAUUGAUAAGCUUGCUUGUGUUUAACCGUGCUUGUGUUGGAUAACUGCAAAUAGGGCUUUAAAAAGAGGUCAUUUUUGAGUGUGUUUAUCCUCAGAUAAAUGUGUUUUAUAUGAUGAAAUGACAGACGUACUCAUAUGAAUAAAUGGUGAGAACAGUAAAAUAACCAAUUGACAAAACAACUCAUAUCGCUCUUGCGCAUUUAAGGACAUUUUAGUAUUGUUUACUUUAUUUUAAAGCUGCAUAAUCAUAUAAUAUGGCAUCAAAGCAGAUUCUGUGUGAAAUAUGCUUUAAAGAAAACGCGGUUGGAUAUUGCCAAAGCUGCGGAGAUGUUGGACAAUAUUGUGUAGAUAUUCACAAAACAGGAAAGAUGUUUCAAACGCAUACCGUAAUUAUGCAUGAGGGUGUGAAAAUGCAUGAGGAUGGUAGAGAAAACCCAAAUAUCAUUAUGCAGGACAUCACAGAAGAAAGGUGUAAGCAGCAUCCGACUGAGAAAGCUAUAUUUCUCUGUAAUAUUCAUGAUUCCAUGAUUUGCGGCCGAUGUCUUCAUUCUGAACAUAUUCCUUGUGCAACAGAAAUCGUUGACUUGUUGCAUGAAGUAGGGAACAUUAGCUGCGAGAAAGUCAACACAAUGAAGUCAUUGUUGAAGGAGGUACAAAAUGAGAUUCUGCUUUUGAAAGAUGAAGCAGAACAUAUGAAAGAGCGCUACAAGAAAAGUGCUGAUAAUUGUAUGCAAGAAUGCAUGGAAUUCGGAAAUAAGAUUAAACAACGUGUAGAUGAAUUGACAAAUGGAAUAAGAGAUGGAAUAACGGAGAAACAUAACGAAAACUUGACCACUUAUUCCCAUAUUACUAAAAUGUGUGAUGUGAAAACCAAAUGGUGUCACGAUAAGACAAGUAAAAUUGAUGAUUUUGUUGAUAAUAAUAUGGCUGGACACUUGUACCUAAUGAGCAGACAUUUUGAGAAAGAGGUUUCGGAUGCCAGAUCCCACCUCAAAGAAAUCAAACACAAACAUACCUUGAAAGGGUUCGACUUCAAGGAAAACGAUGUUAUUCUUAAAUGCCUGUUUGAGGAUUUGGAGGAAAUUUGUGAACAACACGAAGAAGUUACUGGGAGCGACGAUGGAAGUGCCAGCGAUGUUUGCGCAUCCACCACAAAAAUAAAGAAGACCCGGCGAGAGCUCAUUGCACUGUUGACUCAAGUCAAGCAAGAAUCAGAAAAGAAAAGAAAGAUACUUGAACAAGAAUUACUGAAAGCGAAAAAGGGCAUAGAGGAAUCUGAAAAGACAAGGAAGGGGUUUGAACAAGAGUUACUGAAGGCGAAACAAUGCAUAGAGGAAUAUGAAAAGGAAAUAGCAGUAUUCAAGGAACACAUUCCACACCUGAAAGACAACAUUAAGUGGACUCAACCAACUGGAACAGUUGAGGUCAAGUACAGCCAAGAUCCUUUCGGUCUUCCUGUCAUCUAUUUGAGUUUUACAUUCCCGGAUGGCAUUCAGACGGCGCACCAUCCGUCCCCGGGAAGCUCGUAUAAAGGCGGAACGUUCACAGGAUACUUGAGUACCGGCACUGAGGGAGAGCUGCUAUGUAGGAUGUUAAAGGCGGCGUUCAGGAGAGGGCUGAUGUUCAACUUGGGAAAGGAAGGAAGAAUUGUCCUGGAUGGCAUUUCAUUGUAUGAAGGAUCAGUGUUUAAUUACCGUAAUUGGUGGGAUUACUCUAAAUACGAACGUACCUUAAAAGCGGAACUGGCUGUCAAAGGUAUCACAGAGGCGAUCAUAGAUCAGACAGAGGAGUUGGAAGAAACUUUUGCUGUCGAUGGUUUAUCUUUGCUGGAAGCUUCACGGAGUUCUUAAAGGUGCGGACAGUGGAGUUGACAGGGGUAUAACAGAGAUGUGUUGACGUUCUAAAGGACUCUUAAAACAGACGUUUAUGGUUGACGUAUUAUAGAGCGUUGUUUACUUAUACUAACAUCAUAUAAGGCUAACUGUGGUUAAUCUCGGUGAAAAAUUAUUGUGUUUUGAAACUUCUGUAUUUUCAAAUGUUCAGACUAGUUAGUUAAAUGAGAAGGUAAAAUGGAAGUAAAAUGUCGUAGUGUAUACAAUAUAGUUUAUAUAGUGUACUUUCAGCGAUUUCGGUAGCGUUUUUAAUAAAUAUCUUAAUUAAUAGAAACAUGUAUACAUGAUAACAAUAAUAAUCACAAGUUGCUUUUGUCUAUUUCGUAAAACUUCUUUCGAAAGUAAGCAAAGAGUGUUUUUUUUUGUAAUUUAACUCUCACACGUUUGUAAAUAUGUAUUUCAUUUUAAGUGCAACCGGCAGAAAAACUUAAUUCCAUGCAGACGUAUAAAUAUGCACUGCUUUGCUGUCGAGCUAUAUAUAAGUCUUGGAUAUAAUCGUUUUAAAAUGUAUUUGUCAAAUGUGUAUCAGCAUUACGCAAAAAUACUAAUAUAUAUUGUUUUAAUUUCUAAAUUAGCAUUUUGUUAUGACGUCCUGGUCACUAAAAUUACGUAUAUAUAGUUCUUAAAUAUCAUAAUAAUUUUAUUUAAUUUAUCAAAGUACUGCAGAAUAAGAUUUUGUUAAAAUAUAUGCAUACAAAGACCUGGGCCCCGUUUUACUAAAGGACUUACGUAAGCGUAACUCCAAUAUUUCCGUAAGUUUUUGCGUACGCACAAUUUUUUAGCGUAACUGCGUUUUACUAAAUAGUUCGUACGUACGUAUGCACGUAAGUUUUUGCGUAAAACUACGUUAAAAAAAAGCAUCCGUAAGUUUGUUAUGAAAAGCGUAAAUAUGGCCGACGGAUGAGAUCCCCGACGUCGACAACCCCGUAAUUUUCGCGAUAGAGUAGAUUUGUUAAUAAUUUGAACGAUAGUGAGGUAAAACUAAAGUACAGAUUAUCCAGGCAGCCAAUAAAUGAUUUGCACGACCUCAUUGAAGACGACAUUAAACCAAAAACCAUGCGAAUUCAUGCCACUCCAGUGAUGACAAAGGUAAAACAUGUUUAUAUUUGAUGAGAUAAAAUCUGAUGGUACAGUAAGCGUUUCAAUAGCUCAUUUCUAUAGCUCGUUUCUAUAGCAUUAAGUUCUUUCAUGAUAGCCUCCCUUUCUCAGAUCUGACCUUCACCUUGGAUGUGUCAACGCUUGAAACUGUUGUUUUACAAACUUUCACAUAACUUUCUUUUCCAACUGAUUUGAAAACAAAGGCAUCGGAGGAGCACAUCGUAGAUAUUAAAUCAUGGUUUAAACGUAUUUUGAAAGACUGUGGAUUGUUUUUAUCAACGUACUGUAAUGUGAAAUUUAAAUUUUUAUCCGAAUAUUCUCUCUAUCCGGAUGAAGGAAACGAGUGUCUGAGAUUUAAAAAAAAGUUGUUUGUAAUAGUGUUUGUGCUUUAUUUCUUUUGGGUGUCAUUUAAUCCCAAUAUGUGAUAUUGCAUGACAUUCAUUUAUUUGCAACUUAUAAUCUACAAACUGAAAUGUGCUGUGUUCUGGAAAUAUUGUAGUCUUGGCUCUUGCCGCAAUGGCACAUCUAGGUAAACAUCAUUUUACCGGUAAUUGAUACAAAUAGAGUCACUCAGGUAGGGUUUUCGCUUAUUGUUGCGCUUUUCUUCCAAAAACUUUGUUGCAACACAAUCGUUGUUGCCUUGAUUACUUCCAAACUCUUCUGUAAUCAACCUCAUAUUCUCCUUUCAUUUCAAAAUCUACCGUUUUAUUUUAAAAAUGCAUACAAUGAUACAUUAAUACAAACAUUUAAUGCCGGGAAGGAAACGCAACGAUGUCAUUUAGUUUAGUUCUCAGUAUGAUGUCAUUUGGCUAAAAUUUAAUGUGGUUAUCGGGUAAGCUAUCGAUAAGCAUAAAACUUGUUGUUUUUUCAGUGCUGUAUGUCUAGUUCAAAAUUUUGAUAUAUACAUGUUACCGGUACCCACAUAUUACCUUCAUUUUAUAUAUGUAUGUUUCAAAAAGAAGUGUUAUAUUAUAUUAAACUGUUUUGUUCUUUGUUGUACCGGAAGCUCCUCAUAACACCGCAGUUGUUGGCGAAAGGGGAAUUCUAAAGUGAGGGUGGACUUGUUUAUGGCGUCUCCAGAAGCUCUGUAUGUGUAUGAUACUAUCUGUUUGGCAAAUGCCUUCAUAAAACAGGAGGAUUUUUGCAGAUCACCCCAGAGAAGUUUGCUGCACAACAUUAUUGUGCAUUGAUGGAGGGGUGCAGUUUGAUGGACAGAUUCAAGUUGCACCAGGAAAUGCACCACCACACUUGUGGCUAGUUGACCCCAAUGACCAGAGGGCAAGAGCAGCCCUCAUUGCCAGAUUUCAAUAUAAAUACCCUGGAUGUGUUAGUUAGUCAUCCAAAACAUUUAUUGUUAUUUAAACAUUUAUUGUUAUUUUUGUCUUCACAAGUGUCAAAAUGCUUACCAUUCCAUUUUUAAUGAACUUUUGGUUAUUAAAAACUGUUAUUUUUUUCUUUUAUAGUUAUUUUGAACAAUUUCAACCGUUUAAAUUGUAAUGAAUAGACAUUUGAGGUUAUUUUUUAAACAUUGUUAACUUAAAAAAUACUUUGAUUUUGUAAUCUGUUGAAUGAUGUUUCUCUUACGGUAUUUAUGUAAUGUGAUUUUUGUUCUGAUUUCUUGCCCACUUGUGAAUGUAUUAAUUUGAUAUGUUUAUAUACAGUAAAAUACUUAUUGACAUAGGGUAUAUGUUUGUUUUAUAAACUGUCUUGUUUCCCAAAUCAACAUUACUGAGUGUCGAUGUGGAAAAUCACAAAAGUAGUUUUGGAUUGAAUCCAAGAUCUCAUAGUUUGUAGGCAGGUCAUGUUCCUCUGUAUAAUGGUAAACAACAAAAACUCAUAAUACUGUCAAGGGUAGUUAUUGCACUUAGUUUUUUUUGCAUUGUUGGUGGCACCAUUUUUGCAGUAUGUAUUGAAGUAAAAGCAAUCAAGAGGAAUAAAAUGUCAUUCUAGGGAUUUUAUUAAUUAUUCAAUACAAAAUAGAAAGUGUGCAUCUCAAUAUCUCAAUAACAUGAAGUGUUUGUGCUAAUAUUUGAAUUCCAUAGAUGUAUCAUUAUUAUUAUUUC